AUGAGUCCAACCAUAACAGCCGAGACAAUUGUGCCAGUCGGCAUGGCCAAGCUGGUGCUUAGAAGCUACGAAGGAGUUUCUUACAGACUGGUGUCCACCAAGCCAGCUCGAGAUUGUACUCCGGCCGAAAUUCCCAUCAUCGACCUCGAAGGAAUCCACGAUAGUGUCGAAGCGCGCAAGGAAAUUGCCCAGAAACUUCUUCACUCUGCCGAAACGAUUGGGUUCUUUUACAUCAAGAACCAUGGGAUUUCGGACGAAACCAUUGCUAACACAGUCAACAAAAGCAAAGAGUUUUUCAGUCUGCCAGUGGAAGAAAAGCGCCGGGCAGCAACAGACAUCUCGUCAUAUGGCUACAAAGGGUUGCGUGAACGACAAGUAAACCCAUCCAACUCGAAGGACAGGAAAGAAAACUUCAAUUUUCACUACAAACCCGAGUUUGAUCCUACGCACCAAGGCCGUCUCUCGCAAGUGCCCCAAAAAGUCCAGGAUCACAUCCCCAAGGAUGAUAUAAUCUGGAAAGGAUUGUCUGUUCCCGGGUUUCAAGAUGCACUUAUCGCUCACUGGACUUCUUGUCUCACACUCGCCCGCGGCCUCAUCCGCGUCGUGGCCCUUGCCCUUGAUCUCCCCGAGAGCUAUUUCGACAAGUUCACUACCUACCCUGGGGGCGAUUUUUCUGUUAACUUUUACCCUGGUCAUGGCGAUGCGCCUAUUGAAGACCCUGAUGAAGUUGGAAUCGGCGCGCAUACAGACCUUCAGAUCUUGACGCUGUUGUGGCAGGACGAGCACAAAGGCCUGCAGGUUCUCGACAACAACAAUGAGUGGAUGUGUGCGCCACCCAUCCCGGGGACUCUGGUGGUUAACAUUGGCGACUUUCUCAUGCGCUUAACCAAUGAUCGUCUUAAGUCUACGGUGCACCGUGUGAUUCAGCAUGGCAAGGAAGAUAGAUUCUCAAUUCCAUUCUUCUUUGGUUUCAAUUUCGACGAACGAUUGGGCGUGAUUCCCACUUGUACUGAUGAGAAAAAUCCGCCCAAGUAUCAACCUUCCACCUGUGGCGAGGUGAGUGCUGCCAUAUGUGAAUAUGAAGUAAUGGAACUGACCUAA